AUGAAGAAUGCUAUUGAGUACACGCCUUUCGAGGAUGUUGAGAAACUUGAGCGGUACCGGCCAGGCGGUUAUCAUCCAACAACUAUAGGAAAAUGGUUGAAUGGCCGGUAUUGUAUCGUGCAUAAGCUGGGCUUUGGCGCAUACUCAACCAUUUGGUUGGCAAGAGAUCAUAAAACUGAAAAAUAUGUCGCCGUCAAAAUCACCAUCGCAGACAGCAAUCCAACUAACUCCCAAGAAAGGAAUAAUCUCCAUCGACUUGAUGAAUUCACCAUUUCUGGGCCUAAUGGUGUACAUCAAUGUUUUGUCACAGCGAUUGGAAUGAUGAACCUAGCUGAGGCCAAAGAUGCCUCAUCUUUCCGGCUGUUCCAGUUGCCUGUGGCCAGGGCUUUCUCUGCUCAACUAGUCUUGGCAGUGGCAUAUCUUCAUUCUCAGGGCAUUGUCCAUGCUGAUCUUCAUCCCGGGAAUAUCCUGAUUCUUCUUCCUGAGAGUAUGGAUUCGCUCUCACCAGAGCAAUUCUACGAAAGGCAUGGACAGCCUCACCAUGAGCCAGUUACCUGUCUAGAUCAGCGUCCACUUCCUGAUGGUGUCCCCACACAAGCUGUCGUGCCUGUUUGGCUCGGAAAAGCGAGCGAAGAAGUUUCGCUAUCUGAAGCUCAGAUAGUUGUCACUGACUUUGGAGAGUCUUUCAUGCCAGCCACUACAGCGCGGCAUCACUCCAACACGCCGAAUAUGCUAGUCCCCCCAGAGACUUAUUUCGAACCGAAAAAGUCACUUUCUUUCUCUGCUGAUAUUUGGACGCUUGCGUGCACCAUCUGGGAAAUAAUCGGUCAGCGUCCACUUUUCGAGGGCUUUAAUCCGUCAGUCGACUGGGUAGUGAAAGAACAUGUUGAUACAUUUGGCAAAUUGCCACUGCCGUGGUGGCAGAAAUGGGAAUCGCGGUCAAAAUGGUUUAAUGAGGACGGAACAAGACAUGGUAUUACAAAUUCAAGGCCCUGGGUGCAACGAUUCACCCAAUCAGUUCAGAAGCCGAGGGAAGAAUUCAAUAUGCAACCGAUGGGGGACGCCGAAAGGACUGCAUUUCUUACUAUGUUGAGAGAUAUGCUUGCCUUCGAACCGGAAAAGAGACCAUCUGCGGGGCAGAUCAUGGAAUAUGAAUGGCUGCAACAAUGGGCUCUUCCGGAUUUAUCCAGGAUGAAACAGAAUAUGCCAUAA